GUGGCUUUACAGUAAAACGGUCCGACCUACGGCUCGGAGCUGGCUGACCGGGUUCAUAUGACAUUAUGAAUAUAACUAGCUAACAUCAGUUAGUUUGUUGGCUUUAGGCUCAACAAACAACUAAUAUUUAUUAGCCUAGCAUUAAAGUAGCAGCAACUACAGGAUCACCACAGACUGUGGAUGGAGUCAGCACCAAACUUUUCACUGAUUUGUAUAAUCACAGCGAGGGACCUCAGGGUUUGGGAUUCACACCGUCCUGCACACCAUCAAAAAAAAAUGGUCAAGUAUUUCUGUAGCAGCACUGACAUCAGGAGUACAUGGGACCAUGUUGUCUCUGCUUUCUGGCAGAGGUACCCAAACCCAUUCAGCACCCAUGUUCUCACGGAGGACGUCGUGUACCGGGAGGUAACAGCAGACCACCGGCUCCUCUCCAGACGGCUUCUAAUGAAGACCAAUCGAUUGCCUCGCUGGGCGGAGCGGCUCUUCCCCGCCGGCAUGUCUCGCUCUGUGUACGUCAUCGAGGACUCCAUCGUGGACCCAGUGAACAAGAGCCUGACCACCUACACCUGGAACCUCAACCACACAACUUUCAUGUCUGUUGAGGAGCGUUGUGUUUUCCAAGGCUCAGUGGAGCAUCCAGCGACCACACAGCUGAAACGUGAGGCGUGGAUAUCCUCGAGCAUUUAUGGCUUCUCCAAACCCAUUCAGGAGUUUGGUUUGGCUCGCUUCAAGAGCAACCAGGUGAAGGCCAUGAAGGGGCUGGAAUACACACUGUCCAACCUGCAGGGAGAGGCGCCCCAGCAGCUGCUCAGGGACACAGUGAAGGACGCGUCAGAGAAGGCCAAAGAAGCAGCCAAGACGCUGGCUUCAGCUGCUGCCGUCCCACAGAAACCCCGGCAGUUUAUCUGAAAGCACUGUGUGUUUGUGUGUCUGCGUGUGUGUGUGUGUGUGGACUCGGCAUGAUUGCCUUUGAUCAUCUCGAUCAUCUUGAAGUUUUGCUGUAUGCUCGCUGUUUACGAUUUCUCUUAAUAAGAAACAGUCUGACUCCUCUGUCGGGUACCUCUGCUGACAAAUCUGCUGUCAAAGACGAUUAUAAACAUCGUUAUUAUCAGCACAUAUGCUUUCUUCUCAUUGGCUCUUUAAAGUUUAUUAUAUUUAUUAACAUAUCAUUUAUUAUUGAGCUCCAGCUAAAAGCUCAAAUUAGACCAAAUCACAAUCACGUGACUUUGUAAUUUUAAUUUAACUUCAUCGGUUAGUUAUCAGAGCUGUAGUUGAAUGCUUAACUGUACUUAAGCUUUACGGUUCAUUUUUUCAGGUUUGACACUGCAAUAAACUGCAGAGAAUAUCUGUUACAGGUGUCAGCACACAGCGUCUGCUGUAAUAUCGUUCUUAUGUUUGGAAAGCAUAUGUUUCUGCCAGCAGGUCUGUACUGAUGCAUGGAUAAUCACAAGAAAAAAGUUAAGCUAAUUUAAAGCUUUAGUAAAAUCUUCUUUACUGUUGAAGUUUAUUUUAUUGUAAACCAGGGGUGUCAAACUCUGUGUUGUGGCAGCAUAGAGAGUAAUUUUAUCUUAAGUUGGUCGGACCAGUGAAACUACAGUACUGCCUAAUAAAGUCUUAAAAACACA